AAAUACUUGAUAUUUUGCAUAUUCCUCUUCAACCUUGCUCACGGAGCCGCCACUGUUCUGACCCUAAAUAACUGCACUUCAAAUGAAAAAAUCGAGGAAGUUUCUUGCCUUUUUCGCCUUGCCGGUUUCCAAGUAAGAUUCCAGAGUAUCCGGAACGACACAACCGAAAUGCUGAAAGAGAUGCCUCGAUCCUGCGAAUCCCUGCACUCUUGCCUCUCGAACCUCACAUGCAGUUCCCUACCAGAAUCGGAUCGUAAAAAUCUUGUGCGUGUGGUGAAGAAAUUCUGCGAUGCGAUAUUAUAUGUGGUUGAUGAGUUCAGACCAUGUGAUUUGAAAAUGGAAAAAAAAGAAGUCCAAGUGCUACACGAGCUGGAAGCCCAAUUUCAAAAAUUUGGAGGAAACUUGCGAUUUUUUCUUUGGAGAAAAAAGUUGUGUUCAACAGGAAAUAACCGAGACAUGUGGAGAAAACGUUUGGGCACCGUUCCGUCUGGUAAGGCUUCAACAUACGGAUAUUUUAAGAAAAACAUAUAUAUUUCAGCAUUUUGGAAAUAUUUUCAAGUGUGAGCUCAGCAGCGCCAAUCAAUAA